AUGGCCGCGAUGGGUGGGCACCAGAGGCUGAUGAUGGAGGAUGCGGCGGAGGACACGUUCCCGGAGGGGUUGCGUGUGCUCGCGGUGGACGACGACCGCGUCUGCCUCAAGGUACUAGAGGCCCUCUUGCGCCGCUGCAAAUACAGCCGUGAGUCUCUUUUCUUGAUCCCUCCACAUCGCCAUGGUCCAUUAGAUCAGAAUCGGAGCCCUGUGAUCUUUUCGUCUCUCGCUCGCUGCUAUGCAGCAACGACGGUGAUGGAUGCCAAGACGGCGCUGAAGAUGCUCAGAUCGGGGAAGGAGGAAUUCGACAUGGUCAUCACCGACGUGCGCAUGCCGGACAUGGACGGCUUCAAGCUCCUCGAGCUCAUCGGCUUCGAGAUGGAUCUGCCCGUCAUCAUGCUAUCAGUGGAUUGCGACAAGAAAGCCGUGAUGAAGGGGAUAAACCAUGGGGCGUGUGACUAUUUGAUGAAGCCAGUGCAAACCAACCAGCUCAAAAACAUAUGGCAGCAUGUUGAGAGUAGGAGAAGAUCCCAAUCAAUAAGCCACAUGAGUAGGGAUAAUGAUGACGGCCAGAGAGUACAUACUGGGACUCUUGCCAAGAGUAAGGACUCAAAGAGUAAGAGCAAUGAUGAAGAUGGUUCUAAUGAGAACAAAGAGAGCACUCAUGCAUCCACUACCCAGAAGAAGAUGAGGGUGGCAUGGACAACUGAGCUUCAUAACAAGUUUCUAGAAGCUAUCUACCAGAUCGGCCUUGAAUAG